GCGAGUGCAAAGUCAGGUUCAUGCGAGCAAAUCAACCAUCAUCGCCCAAGAUCAUGGCAUACAUGCUCAUGUUUGCACUUGCACUUUUAGUUGAGUUGAAUACUCACUCAACAAUGGCUCUGCCCAAAGUUAUGAUGGAUGAAGAGCACACAGACCAAGAUAGACUGGCAUCGAUAGCAGGAGAUGAUGAUAUAAGUAAAAUACGACCUGGGCAGCUCACAUUUAGAAGACACCCCAUCAUAGAAGGCAGACUGGUGGAUGAAGACGGGACAAAACGCAUCUUCAUACUUGCUGACACAAGAAUAAACGAGUCUCCUGGGAAGGAAGCAAACCUUGCCUUUUCAAGAAACUUCCCUGUACUGUCGCCACGUGGGACGGAUCAUGGUCUGGAUGGAUUCAACAUGAGGGAUGAGCGACGUAGCGUGGAUGAUGUCAUUCCUGUGGGCAGGAGGGACAUAGACAUGCUGAGGUGCAUGAUAGGAAGAGUAUACAGGCCCUGCUGGCAAGCUUGAAAACAGAGCAGCUGACAAAGCAUCUGUGUGAUAUUCCCAGCUCUCCCUUGAUCCUUCAAGAUCCUCGAAUUAUAAAGACAACAAACAUACUUGUAUGAUUUCAAAGAACGGAAAUA